AUGGAGAACUCGUUAAUGCUUGGUGGAUUAAUGUAUCCGGAAGACGAUAACUUAAGCCGUUAUACAGACGAAGAAGAUCAGAGGAGGUACGUCUGGAGUCUGGAAGGAGGUGAAUGGGUACCAACUCUUGUUAUUCUUAGACUGAAUCGUGCUGCACUUUGUGUCCAAUGGAGUGCCAAAGAGAACAAGUUUGCUGUUGGAAGUGGUGCUAAAACUGUUUGUAUAUGCUAUUAUGAGCAAGAGAAUAACUGGUGGGUCAGUAAACUUAUCCGGAAACGGCAUGAAUCUUCAGUCACAAAUGUUGCUUGGCAUCCUAAUAAUAUUCUUCUGGCAACGACGUCUACAGAUGGAAAAUGUCGGGUAUUUUCAACAUUCAUCAAAGGAGUUGACACAAAGGAUUCAAAAGCAGGCUCACCAGCGGAAUCUAAAUUCGGGGAGCAAAUUCUUCAGCUUGAUCUUUCAUAUUCUUGGGCUUUUGGUGUGAAAUGGUCUCCAAGUGGAAACACCUUAAGCUUUAUAGGUCAUAGCUCCAUGAUUUACUUUGUUGAUGACGUUGGUCCUUCUCCUUUAGCCCAAAGCGUUGCAUUUCGAGAUUUGCCUCUUCGUGAUGUGCUCUUUAUUUCUGAGAAAAUGGUGAUAGGCGCUGGUUAUGACAGCAACCCAAUGGUAUUUGCUGCAGAUGAUACUGGAAUAUGGAGCUUUAUCAGAUACAUCGGAGAGAAGAAAGCGGAAUCCUCAAGUGCCAGCAGUUAUAGUUCCCAGUUUUCCGAAGCAUUCUACGGUCAGUCAAAGGCUACAACAGCCAAUGAAGCUUCCGAGUCCUCUAAAUCACGUGGAGGCGUUCAUGAUAACUGCAUACAUUCCAUUGUAUCUCUUAGCAAAGCUGGGAGUCCUAAAGUAAUGCGAUUCAGCACUUCAGGAUUGGAUGGCAAAAUAGCUAUAUGGGAACUAGAGAACAUGCAAGAAGAACUUGGCCAUCAGUUUUAAUAAACACAUAAACAAAAACAAAUCUGGAUUUACUUAAUUUGUAUAUCAGAUUCUUUUGUUUUUCCCAGUAUUUUGUAAGCAUUGACAAUUUCUUAAUUGUUUCACUUUGUAAACUUAUAAUAAUAAAGUUUGGAACGGUA